AGAAAGAGCAUCGACACAAUUCUCCCCUAAAGAGAUAGUAGUACGUACGAAUAAACGGUCCAGAAUUUCGCAAUAUGAAAGAACUUAUUUCCAUCGGUAACAUCUGUGAAUGAUGUUCAUCUGUGGAUUAACGUGCCAUUAGUACAAACGGUGAAUCAUAACGGAGACUGGAGUAACUCGAGGGUGCUUUAGUUUGUAACUCUCAACAGAAGAGAAAAACAGAAGAAACAGUACGAGCAAGACGUCUCUGAAAUCAGAUAUCCGCUAAGAGGCGGUGUCAGAAAAAUUUCGAGCUCGGAUAAAGGAAUUAAAGAAAACUGGCAGCCCUGACGAGUUGCGUUUCAACUAUGAUGGAUGAAGACGAUCAAGAAGAACUUCGUUGUGCCGGAAGUGACGUUGAGAUCGAAGAAUACACGGACACCGAAGAUUCGCCAUACGCGGCUUAUCAAUCAACGGAUAAGCUCUUCGACACCGAUCAACCAGGAUGGCAGAAAUUCAGCUUUCUCGCAACUCUCGUUGCCCUCGUUAUUUCUGUCACUAUAGCAAUUAUCAGUUACCCUCUUUAUCUCGAGAGCGUCAGCGAAGUCUCGAACGCCUACGCCGGACUCCUAUUCAUCUCCUUUUCUGCGGUUUGCAUCCUUGGACUGGCGUACUUUGUGGUCGAAAGAAUUUCACCACCACCGCCUUUGGUACCCAACAGCAUGAGAGUCAAAAUAUCCCGAUCUAGUCUGCUCAAAAUGAGCGGGAUUUAUGCGCUCGCUGGCAUCCUGGGCACAUUGCCGUUGGACCAAGAUAGAGUCCUGUGCCAUCUUCAGGAUCCUAUCAAAGGGAUAACUCUCGUCUUUUCGCUCGUCUACUAUUUCUUCUUCUGCAGAAAAAUGAUGAGUCUGCAACGAAUUUUCUCCAGCACGACGAUAAUCGUGGGAUUAUUUAUAAGCGUCGAUUACGGUCUUUGCGAUGAAUUUCGUUGUCGAGGUCGCGAAGUUUCAGCUCACACGGUAACGAUGCGUGGUUCCUGGGGAAUAAGAGCAGUCUGGACAUUCGUCUACGUCGGAUCGCUGGCUGUAUUCGCAAUGUUUUUCACGAUGCUCGAACGCCAUUUCACGACAGGACAACAAAACGUGUGCCAACUUUUGACGACGCAACAGAAUUCAUUUUUAUAUACGGUUUCCCGACUCGUUUCAUCCCGGGACAUUAGACGCCGCGGUUCCGAGGACGAAGGUGGACGUUUGUUGCACGUCACCGAUCCCGAUCCGACGAUAAAACCAAAAAACUUUCCUAAGCCACCGGUUCUUCAGACCGUUUUUUACAUCCACGCAGUCUCCUUCGCGAUGAUUCUCGGCGUUUGUUGGAUCGACACUUUACCGGGAAUCGGAAGGGGUCUUCCACCUAAGGAACUGUACGAGACCAUGCAGCGCGGGCUAAUUUGUCAUUUGCGUGGUGAUAAUACGUGCUCGAAUAUUCCCAGUCACGGAUGGAUAUUUCUCUUCGCAUAUGUUUUAUUCAUCAUAUCGAUGGUGAACUUUCUAUCGAUGUGCGAGAGUGCAGUCUUCACCGUUGCUGCAGCCACCGUCUCAUUGCCACUUUCUGGUAUUUGGUGGAGUAUCUACAAGAUGGACGUUGGAUCCAACGGAGGCACGAUUUCUUGGGCACCUGGAGUAACAGGUGAAUUGAUAUGUGCUCUUCUUGGUCUUCCGGUCGUCUUACUCGGUCUGGGUCUUCUGAUAAGGUCGCAUUUUCGUGAUAGCCAGUCGUCUUAUCAGAACGUCGCACCGCCUGAGGUGCCGAGGGAUACGUGUCAAAGAUGAAUCUUCCAAGAAGAGAAUAAUAAAGUUACAAAGGUACGGGAAUGUAGUUGAGUUAAAGGGUCGAAUCGAUCGAAAAUAGGAUAAGUGUACUUAGAUGCAAAAAGAAAAAAAAAUCUAAAAUGAAAACCGUUAGAUAAUUAACGCAAUUUGUUAAAAAAAAAGACAAAAAAGCUAAAAAUAAAUCGACGAUUCGUAACGAUGACAAAACAGAUGAAAGAGGAGAGAAGACACGCAGUAAAACAAAAACAUGUUUGCGCACGAGGUCACUUGUUUUAUAACUUGUAAUAUUGCCAAAGUAAACGUACAUUGGAGCCAUGCAGUUAUUGCCAAUUUAUAUUUUAUUUUGAUAACGCAAUUGAGAAUAAAUUUUAUAUUUCCAAUCGUUGUCAAAAUGCAGCAGCGAGUGUCAGGUAAAUACUACUAAUAAAUAUCCAUUAGUAUGAGAGAAGACAAAAAAAAAACAAGACUAAUAUAAAUAAAGUUGGUGAUAGGGCGAUGUAAGUGAAAGUAGAUUUAUAGACUAAAUUUUUGGGCGAAGCGUGUAAAAUUAUGAAAGUUUAUUUGAUUUUCUUUUCAUUUUCCACGUAAAAUCUUCGAUUACGCAUCUAAGAGCUUUGAAUAGGCAAACAUGUAUGGGGUAAAUGUAGCCGAAAAUUCUCGAUCGUACAAUGAAAUCGAUGGACCGUGAGGAAUAAGAACGAAUCAGAAAAAAGCUUCACGACUAAUUGAUGAACGUACAAUUCAUGAACUUGUUUUCUUUUGAUAAAAUAUACACAAUUCAUUUUUCGAAACUGCUCGUCCAAAACCUCGUACACAGACCGAAUAGGCAUACAUACAAGCAUCACUGUUAAUAUUUGCCAAAGAUAAACGGAAACUGCAGUAUUUAUUGCUGUGAUUUAACGACGAAAAGAAGAUUCAGGAAAAAUAUAACUAUCGUCAUGACGCGUGGUUUUAGAGGAGAUCGUAAAUACCUCAGUUUUACCUCGCGAUUUUAAAACGCAUCAUGUCGUUAGUUGUUAUUAAAAGGCGUGUAGACAUUCAAUUUAUCUUUGUGUGGUAUUUUAGAGAUCGCAAUUGUUCCUUCGAACGUAACCGGAAAGUAGUUGUUCCCCCGUUGGAAAAACACUUUUACGAUUGGAUCGAUGAUAUUUUAGAGACUUUUUAAUGCUAGAAUGCAGUGUUUAGAAAACUAGAAGCAUACAGUAGUUCGUCAUUUGUAUAUUUUGGUGUGUACAGUACUCCGUUCAUCGUUCUCCUCAUUUCAAACGUUAUUGCAUCAAUGUGUCAAAAUAUUUCUAUACAUUAAUAUGCAGUAAUAUAUAUUCGUAUGUGUACAUUAUAUCAAUAUACAUAGAUACAUCGAGGGAUCGAUACAUUCAUAGGUUUCCAUCCUAAAAAAUAACCUCGCUCAAAAUAACCAUGAAAAAAAAAACCGAUGUACAGAAUAAUCGUGAUGAAUAUAACCGAUACACAAAAUAACUCUAAUAUUACAAAACAAACGAACAAAAACACACACACGAACCUACCAAUACGAAGGAAAAAAAAUUACAGGGUGGGUGAUCUCGAGACAUCUCGAGAUGUUAAAUGUAUUAAAAAGAAUAAAUUUAUAGUCAAGAAUUUCGAAUCGAGUAAUGAAAAUUCCGCAUAGGGUUUCACAUUUAUCCGCAAUCAAUAUUUCCAAUGAAUAUUUCACUUAUUUUCCAUAUUCCAGUAAUUACAAACUUAAAGUUAAUUUUAAAUGACGAUUAUUAUUCUCGUGGUUAUUUUAUUCAUGGAUUAUAAUUGUUCAUCGGUUAUUUUAUUCGUUGAUUAUUUGACCAGAUUAUUUUGAGCAAGGCUAUUCAGGCCGGACAGCACAUUCAUGUACUCGCAAAAUAAAGAUGAUCCGAAUGAGUGGACUCCCGGGGUGUUAUUUUUGUGCCAAACCACGAUCUCGUGGUGUAUAUUCGAAUGAAAAACGAGCGUUGUUUAUUGAAUUAAUCGACGGGCACAAGGGUUUAGGGCACGAGAGCAAUUUUCGGUGCUUGCCAGUAUUGUUUUUGCCUGCUCACGAUAAUUCAUUAAUUUACGUUUGUCAGCCAACGAUAUUCGAAUUGAUCAAGAUGCUUUGAAGAGAAAUCGAGCAAAAUGUCAUGAAAAAUAGUUAAUUAGUGCGCGGGAGUCGACAGUUGGACAUUCGUCUGAUUAGAUCUAAUUGCGAGAAACUGCAAAUGCUGCUAUAAUCCGAUGGUAAUUUAGGGAUUAAUUAACAAAGUAAUUGGGCGACGAUCGAAGAGAAAUAUUUCAGGUUGGAUAUUGUAUAUGUCGUGUCGCAAUCAUGUACUCCGCAUCGGCAAGUCAUACGUCCAAAUUUUUUAUAACGACAGGUGUAUUAGUAUUAAAAUUAAAAGAUAAAUGAAAAAAAAAAAAUGACCGAUUACUCGGAGCAACGUACAACAAUAAUACUCGGAUGAAAAUCUGCGAGGAAAGUCCAUAAAUGAGAUAGCAGUAAAAAAAAUAAAUACGCGAGAGAGAAGAAAAUAUUAUUCGAAGCUGACGAUCAUGGCGAUGACGCUGUUACAAUAGAUAUGAUAAUAAAUUAACGAAUAAUUUACGUCCAAAUGAAGUAGAACAAAAUGGAAAAUACAUUGGCGAAUGCGAGGCCCGUUGAUAGCCGUUAACGAUUAUAUUUUUUAUUCGGCCACUCAAUUAGGAACGCAAUGCACACAUUUUAAUCGUACAAAACAAUCGACUGAAACCGACGCGUAAUCAAUAUUAUGAUGAUACAAAAACCUGACGAGUCUUCGAAAGAUAUUCGAAAGUUUUCAAUCUUUUUCGUUUUCUCGCGGCAGACUUUUUGUCUGAGCUUUGAAAAAAUUGAAGUAGGAGACGCGUCCAUGUUUGCCGAUUAAAUAUAAUUGGCAAACUUCGACUUUGAGCUCGAGCGAAUAAGAGAGAUAAUUUUUGUUCCUGAAAAUAGAGUUAUUCUAAAAACUAAUUUUCGAAUUACGUCAUUAAACUUUCCAUUCUCUUAUUUUAUGCCAAAGAAAAACAUUUUCUUCCAACUCUUUAAUUCGAGUUCCUUUCAAUCCAACGCUUCCGUUAUAAUUACUCAAAAAAUAUGACAAACCCAAAAAAACGUUUCGCCUCAAUCGUACUUAGUCGAAGAAAAAGUACUUUCUCGACCUGAACCUCCCGUAUCUGAUUUCUCGUCUACCAUCGCUAAUGAAAAACGCUACACAACUGAAAAAUGAAAAUGGGAUUAAAUAAUAACUCUGUCAAUUUGGUGGUAUAAUAACGAUGACGAAUUUUCAUCACAAGUAUAUUGACGUUUGAAAAACUUUGUCCAUCUCGCUCGUUAUCCCAUUACUUUUCUAUGAUCGUUGAGCACGAAAUCAGGCGUGCAGCUCCCAUCGAUAUACUAUACUAUUGACCCCGAUUAAUAGAAAAAUAAACGCUGUUACAAUAAUAAACAACUCUUUAGAUUUACUCAGAGUAAAAUGUAUGUAUGAAAGAAUAAACCUGCUCAACUGGACCUACGUCCAUCACGAUGGUGAACUCGUUUUGUAGAAUAUUUUCCAUCAUAACAAGAUUCGAUUUUACGAUAAAUACACGUGUGUGUGUGUGUAUAUAUAAUAAGUGGGCAUCCAUCACUGACAAUGGGAUGUACAAUGAACUCAAAAUUUCCACGCUGUUUUUAAGGAUCGUUACCAUAUACACAGCCAAAUUCAAAAUUCACCCUCCACACAAUUUUUCAUUUUAUAUUAUCGCUACCUCGUAAUGCAAUAACGAAUAUGAAAAGGAAAGAGUUGAUGAAAGAAAUCCUUCGAUUUAAAUGUAGUUUAGAAAUGAAAUUUUGUUAGUGCAAAUCAAUUUCUACUGCUCACAUUUUUUUCCAAAAUUGAAAAGACUGUUUCAGCGAAUAUACUGUCCGCGUGUCCUCAAAGCAAAGCUUUUCUAUACGUAAACGUUUAGAGCUCACGACUUUCUAUGAAUUUUUACAAAACCGAAAUUUUAGAAAAAAAAAUUGUAUAUGGUAAAUAUCCUUAAUUGGAAAAGAAUCUAGAGAAAUAUUAUUUGGAAUAUCUGGAAUAUGAACAAGACGAAGGAACAAACGGAUUAUUGAUGUGUCACUGAAUGUUACUGUAAUAAAAUAAACCGUAAAAUGUAAGCACUAAUCGCAAAUCCGAUCCAAAUCCAGUGCAUAUUAUUAUUACCGAGCGAAAUAUAUUUGUUGAAUAAUCACCGAGUCAAUUUUUCGCAGUAACUAAACAUUUUAGUUUGGCUAGAGUUGCUUCGGCAACGAUAAAACCAAAGAUAAUAUUUAUGACGUUUUAUUUAGGUUCACUCGGAAUAAUUGUUAAACUGUUGAUCAAGAAUAAAUAAGGGCGAAAAAACAAUGGAAAUCGAAAAAAAUAAUAAUACUACGUGAAAAUAAUAAUCACUGAAUCACUUGGUUAUAUUCGUUCGUCGUUACAUGAAAAAUAUUUACAUGUGCGCUUAGUAAACGACAGCGACAAAAAAUGGCAUGAAGUGAUCAAUUGUUGGCAAACUAUAAAUGUACCUAUUACGUACAUUAGUUUUAGUAAAACGUACCGAUGGUGUGAUAUGAUGUGAAUAACUGCAAAGCCGUUCAAUUACAAAUCAAUUUCAUUAUUCGCUGGAGAAUAAAUAAGCUCAAAGCACGUUUGUAGAAUUCUUCCACGCCAUACAUUUGUAUACUCUCAAUUUUUACCAAAUGUCUUUCUGGCCAAAAAAUACUUGUUUUCAACCUAUUUUUCAUGAAAUUGUAUACCAUUAAUCCGUUAGAUUGAUAUUCGAUUAGCGAUCCACAAACCUAUUUUAUUAAUGAUUCUUUUACCAUAUUAAUAUUAUCGAUGUAUUCCAUUGAAAAAUACAUUUUGUUUCAACCAAA